UCCCGGUGCACAUUGAAGCUAAAUUAAAGAAAAUGGCAGCAAGAAUCAUCACAAAACAUUGGAAGGAUAUUUGUCAAAUAAGACUGGUUCGGCAUCAUCGAAGACUAGUGACAGCUGUUGUAGGUGCUGCAACUAAGACAGAGAGUCAACAUUUCAAAUCACUGUCCCUGGCAAACAACAGGACCAUACAUACUUCAGCUCCCUUGUUUGAGGUGGUGCCGUACUUUCUGUCUGAUAUUGGGGAGGGAAUCAGAGAGGUGCAGAUAAAGGAAUGGUAUGUGAAAGUUGGGGACCAUGUGAACCAGUUUGAUGCUCUCUGUGAGGUGCAGAGUGACAAAGCAUCUGUGACUAUCACCAGCAGAUUUGACGGCACAGUCAAGAAGCUUUGUUAUGACGUGGAUGACAUUGCCCUGGUGGGGAAGGUCCUGGUUGAGAUAGACACAGAUAGCGCUGGAGCUGAGGCUGCUCAAUCUGACAGUAUUGAGCAGUCUGACAGCAGUUCAUCAUCAGAAAGUGACGUAGAGGCAUCGUCUAUGCAGCAGAUCCGUGGACACAAGGUGCUUGCCACACCAGCUGUCCGCAGGAUGGCCAUGGAGAAUAAGAUCAAGCUGAAGGAAGUCCAGGGUACCGGGAAGGAAGGCAGGAUUCUCAAGGAAGACAUCAUCAGAUUCCUCUCAGAAAAACAGAUGCCUCGACUAGAGAUUGUGCCACCCAGCCCGAUACCACAGACAAGGCCCCAAGUGACUACAGCGCCACCUAUAGCCCAGAAGGCCACACCCACUCCAGUUGUAACCCCGCCCAGAGUUGUUACACCCCCUGUUAUUGGUCAGGAUCAAACAGAGCCAAUAAAAGGCAUCAGAAAGGCUAUGGUGAAAACAAUGACAGCUGCUCAGUCCAUUCCACCAUUUGGAUAUUAUGAUGACAUUGAUAUGACAGCGCUUGUGGGGUUCAGAAGGGAUAUAAAACAGCUAGCCCUUGACAGAGGGGUCAAGUUCUCAUAUAUGCCAGUAUUUAUAAAGGCUGUUUCCAUGGCCCUCAAGUAUUACCCAAUUUUGAAUUCGAGCGUUGAUGAAAAAUGUGAAAAUAUAACAUAUAAGGCAGCUCACAAUAUUGGUCUGGCUAUGGACACUAAGGAUGGUCUCCUGGUACCUAACAUCAAGAACGUCCAGGCUCUCAGCAUCUUUGAGAUCGCAUCAGAACUGAACAGGCUACAGCAGCUAGGUGACGCUGGGAAACUGAGCACUAGUGACCUCUCCGGGGGAACUUUCUCACUCUCUAACAUAGGAUCUAUUGGUGGAACAUAUGCAAGGCCAGUGAUUUUGCCCCCAGAGGUCGCCAUUGGAGCUCUGGGCAGAAUUCAGGCAUUGCCUCGGUUUGAUGAGAAUGACAAAGUUGUGAAGCGGUAUAUCAUGCAAGUGAGCUGGUCGGCAGAUCAUCGUGUUGUCGAGGGUGCUACAAUGGCCCGGUUCUCCAACCUGUGGAAGUCAUACUUGGAAAACCCAACAUCCCUUAUACUCGACCUCAAGUGAUAGGCUGGCCCUGGUUCUGGGUUGUGGUGAAGAGCUUAUCAUCGUUAGUCAAAUACACUUUUGCACACCGGCAUUAAAGUCUACUGUAUGCUAAACGGUGGUUGAAUCUCUAGUUGUGAUACAUUAUAGUGGGUUUGCAGUAUAUUCUUGUAUCAUGAGAUAAUAUACCAAUUUUUUUAUCAUUUUUUCACGUGUACAUACUGUAUGACCACCAUUGGAGGGCAAGCACCGGUGCUUGUUUGGACAUUUAAUAUAAUCCACUACACAAAACAAAUUUGAAUAUCUGAAAUUGGCAUUUUCUCUCUUUGUUUACAAUGAUAUCAAAUAGCAAUGUCUUUUGAAGAUUAAUUUGGUGAAAGAAAUGUUUUUGCUGCUGUUCAUUCACUUAAAAGAAAGUCAGAUACUAGUAAUGUCUUUUACUGUAGCUUUUAUUAUAUCAUGCUUAUGCAUUUAGAUUACAGGAGUUAUAAAGAAAGUGAUAAGUGGGUAGUGGAUGCUAAAAGAACAUUGUGUUUUAUAACUGAAGUCAUAUGUGUUUGUUUCUUCUCAUUGAUUGUGUGGCAUAUAAAAUCUUUCAUGUCACAGAAAAUGGGAUUGGCACGUUAAGGUGCCCCUGUAUUAAAAUCACUUUGAAUUGUGGUGUUCAACAUCUAAUAACACUCACAAACAUAUUUUUAGACUGUUAAGAAGUGUUUUACUUUAUUUGUUUUUGAAACUUGAUUAACUUUUGUUAGUUAUUUACAACCGCCUUCAUUUCUAUAUACAUUAUAAGCAUACAUGCCAUAUUUUCUGGAGACCAUUCAGGGGGAUUUGUUCAAAAGUCUAAAAAUUCAGGGGGAUUUUGGUAGUAUUCAGGGGGAUUUUUUAGCAGAUCUAAUUCGGCAAAAUUUCAAAGUAUUUUAAGAUGCAAGUACGAAAAAAACAAAUUGCCAUAAUUUUGAAAGACUCCCGAGGGGAUUAUGUCCAGAAUUUAAGGGGAUUUUGGUCACAUACCAGGGGAUUUUCAUCAUCGCCAUGUAGCAUUACGGGCAUGACACACGUGCCAAUUCACCUUGUUUACCCCUUUUUUCCAGCACUUCAUCUAUAUUUUUAUGAGACACAGCCAUAUUGUAUAAUAAAAGCACUCACUUGCGAAAUAGAAUACUUUACAGAAAAAAAAGUUUCAGAGACAAUUUAAUGGGCUUACCUUCCUCUAAAAUUGGAUAAAAAAUCAGCUGCCUAUGAUCAUAAACGAUCACUUUCAGACUAAUAGAGAGAAUGGAAUGAAUUAUCAAUAUUUUUCAUUUCAAUUCCCAAAUAGGCAGAUUUGUUUGCUUCUGAUAAAAAGCAAACGCAUAAUUUAUUGUUUAAGUUCAUAAACAUAUCUUCUUUUGCCAUUCAUCAAAAAAUAAAAACAUCACCACCAUAAUAAAUAAAUAAAAGUCAUUUCAUCCGAUUGUCUACUUUCAGUUUCUCUUCUGGAAGUUCUGUUAUUUUCCGAUAAUUGCGAUGAAGGUCAAUGUCAUGUAAACAUAUUAGUGAGGCAUAACAAAGAACAGUUAUUUUAAUCCUUUUCUUUACUGAAUAAUUUACUGUCACCUUUAAAUUAUUAAUCCUUUUGAUGACAAUGACACAUGUUUUGAAGAACGCUUUAAUUUGUUACAUCCUCUCUGAUUGGAUAAAAUUAUAGUUUUAACCAAUGAAAAUCGACCUUUUAUCUGACCAGUCGAAUUGACAUUUCUUACGCAAAUUCUGUCAGUUUCAAUCAAAACAAUGCAUGAAAUGUUCCCUGCUGAUUUAUUAAGUGUAACCCAAUAGGUGUUGUUAAAACACACCAUCAGUUGAUAAUCCAAUUAAACUUCAGGACAGGAAGGGCAUUAUAACUGUAAACAGGCAUAUAUAAUUAAACCCUGUGAUAAAUUUGCGUAAUUUUAAACACUUUUUUUUAAUUCUGGGGGAUUUCCAUCCCCCUCCGGGAGACCGGGGGAUGGGUCGAAAUUCCGGGGAUUUUUCCCCCCUCCGGGGGGUAUGGCAUGUAUGUAUAAGAUCAAGCAGCAUGUGUAUAUGUAGUUCUACAAUGGCCUCCUGUUAUUAUCCAACUUAUAUCAGUAAGAUGGCCGUAUAUUCUGUUUUGAUUUGAUUUUUGAAAAUCAUGCCAAAAAUAUAAACUCAAUUAUUAAUCCUGUGGAGAAGAGCUGACAGGUGGGAUGAUGUGUGUUAACCAGUAGUUUUGAAAUCACAAGUUUUGUUAUCAAUGUCAACAGAUGAACUCAUCAUUCAAAUUACUUGUGAAGCUUGUUCAAAUACUGGUAUCAGUGUUUAACAUUCAAUCAGAUAAUAUUAUUUAUAAGUACUAGUCACGAAAUGAUCAGCCUAGAUACAGACUAUUUAUACAUUCUACUGUUAUUUCAAUGUUAAAAAGGUUCACCUCAGACAUUGGAAACAUAUUGUUUAUUUAAAUGUAUGGUGUGUUCUAUUUAAAAAUGUUCUGAAGAUUUUUUUCAUUUGAAGAUGAGUUGGUUAAAAGCCAUUUUUUGUGAAUAUGCUAUGUGCGUUGUGUAUAUGCAUUUUAGUUAGCAUAACUUACCAAUCAUGCGCAUGUUAGUAAUGAACUGUAAAAAUCUGCAUGAAUCUCAUUAAAUAAAUUUAAAACAAAUAGUAUGUUAGAGUAAUGUUAUUGAAUUUAAGUUGAAUGUGUUUUGUUUUUAUUUUGGUGUAUGUAUUUCAACGUCCACAUUUCUACUAUUACUUAAACAAGUGAGCGUCCCAGUCACCAUGACAAUGUUCGAUGAUCAAUGAGAUAAUGAGGCAUAGAGUCUAGAAU